CUUCAACCGUCUUUGAUGUCCACGUCCCCGCGGUGUCCGAGUCCAACCGGCUGCGAUGUGUUGCGCGCCCCUGGUGUAGAAAAAAAAAAAACAGAGAAGGAAAACUUCAUAGAAAUGGCGGAGAGUGCUACGACGCUCAAAGGCUUGAGAGCCCAGAUGGCUGCGGCUGCACAGGCACAAGCCGAGGAGCGGCGUAGCUUAGCAGGGAACAGUCCAGGACCUUCAGCCGUCUCCCCGUCCAAACCUCAGGGCUGUAAGCCAGUUAUUGACGGCGCCGCACUUAGAGUAGACGACCGGCUGCGAGUGGCGAAAGAGAGGCGAGAGGAGGCAGAGAAACAACAGGCUUUACGGGAGUCCCAGAUCAUGGAGCGGGAGCGCAAAGCUAAGCUGCAAGUGGAACGCCAGCUGGAGGAACGUCAGAAAAAGCUCGAGGAACAGCGGAAGAAGGAGGAACAGAAACGAUUGGCUGUGGAGGAGAAGAGGAAGCAGAAGCAGGAAGAGGAAAAGGAGCACUACGAGGCAGUCAUGAGGCGAACACUAGAACGCAGUCAGCGAGUCGAGCAGAGACAGAAGAGGUGGUCUUGGGGAGGAUUGUCCGGAGACCAAGAUGGACGAGCAGGAGAUUCUGACGCCAGCAUCUCUUCUCCAGUAGCUAUAGUUGUCUCCUCUCCCUCGCCAGAAAAGCCACCAAGGAGUGGACAAGCUGACAAGCGCUCCACAUCCACAACUAACCUGAAACAGCCGCCCGAGGCUGGCAUCAGCAAACGUUUAUCCUCCUCCUCUGCCACCCUCGGUAAAUCACCUGACAAAAGUGUUAGGCCGAGGAGUUCGUCUUGUAACCGGUUGCCAAGCAAUGGCACGGCUGCUCAGGCCUGUAAGGGAGAUGGCAAACAGCUUCAGGUGGAACAGACAGGACGCUCUGUGAAGAAGAGAAGUUCCUCCCUCACACGAGUAAGUGUGAGCAGAGCACAGACCCCUGCCAAGACCGAAAAGGGGACAACGGACGAUCAAGCCCGCAAGCCACCGGCCAGUACAGUGGAUGAAGGGGUCCUUAGUCGCCUGCUCACUCCCACCCAGGCCUCACUAGCUAGGAGCAAGAGCGCCGCCGUCCUGUCCGCUGAAGGAUCAGAUGCUACAGAGUGUCACCUGUGUCCUCGUUCAGCCUCCCCCAGCCCCAUGAACCCGGCGCGCGGCCCCUUGCGCAGCCGCAGCAUCGACCGACAGAAGAGCGGCAUGACUACGUCAAAAUCAGCCAGCGAAGCCCUCGACACAUCCGUGAAAGACAAACAAUUAGCAUCACCCAGGGGUCAACGUCCCGCCUCACCGUCCACCUCCAUGGGACGCCAUCGCUCACCAUCUCCAGCACCUAGUCCAACUCCAAAGAGAACCCCGUCCCCGUCGGCGUCCAAGCAAAGUCCCAAGACGCGCCCUCCGUCACCGUCUGCGAUGAAGCAGCGACCCCCGUCUCCUCAGCCAGCAUCAGCCAAACCCCCACCCAUCCAGAAACCGUCUCUCACUCCAACUGGACCGCCAACGCUGCGGAAGAGGGACUCCAAGUCCAAGGACCUGGGUCCUGUUCAGCCUGUGGCUCCCCAGGCCGCUGAGGCCAGCAAGACCAAAGACAAAGACGACUCGAAGCCAAGCGGCACAAACUCUGCUGCCGAGGCGGCGAAGAUCCUGGCGGAAAACCGAAGGCUGAUGAGGGAGCAGAAGGAGCGAGAGGAGCAGCUGAGGAUACAGAAGGAGGAAGAGGAGAGGCAGAGAAAAGAGGAAGAGGAGCGUUUAGCCGAAGAGGCUCGACUGAAACGCCUGGAGGAGGAGAAGCGGUUGGCCGAAGAGAGGAAAGUAAAAGAAGAAGAAGAAGCCCGUCUAGCAGAGGAAGAAAGAAAAAGACUGGAAGAAGAAGAAGCGGUGAGGCAGGCGAAGCUCCAGAAGGAACGAGAGGAGGCCGAGGCCAAAGCCCUGGAGGAGGCCGAGCGAGUCCGGCAGGAGCGAGACCGCAUCAUGCAGCAGAACCAGCAGGAGCGAAUGGAGAGGAAGAAGAGAAUUGAUGAAAUAAUGAGGAGAACUAGAAAAGGGGACCAAACCGACUUAAAGAGAGACGACGAUAAAUAUUCACAGGAGAAUGGAGACGAAGGCCUGGAUGAGAUGAAAGGCGAAACCAAAGACGACAUUUCUGUGGACGACGACCAGGACAUUCUGUCCGCUGGCGAUGGAGGGGUUAAACAAGAUGGCGGCUUGAACGGAAAUCCAGAGACUGAAGACAAGGAGAACAGCAACGGCCCGACCGCUGACGACACGCAGGCAGGAAGUCCGGUUCCUCCGAGCCGCCUCGUCGAGGGCUCAGAGUUCCUGAACGAGGAGGACUCCACCAAAGACGGCUUGGUGUCCAGCCUCAACGGGAAGUCCAACCAGUGGAGCUUCGAGGAGCUCAUCGACACCAACGUCCACUCCAAGGCCCGGCCUCUCAUCGAGUCCGAGGACCGCAACCAGGUUUUGAUCCACUGCGACGGGGGCUCCGAUGGGACCAGGGUGGCCUUUGAGGAGAAGGGAACCCCCAUCAGCACCCUGCACUCCUCCAGUCAGCCCAUAGAAGCCAUGUCAGAAAUGUGAUGCUGAGGUCGUCGCGGAGAAACCUCUUCGUGUUGCACUCCAGACUUCCCUGAAAGAAUCUUCCAGCCGUUCCAAACAGUUCCCACCUCUUCCUGCGGGAGGCGCACAAGACGAGACGGAAAGACCAGCCCAAGUGCUGCAGUUGCACCCCACGCUGCAACGAGGAAACGGAUUGAAUUAAAAUAUUACAAAACGCCA